UGCUACACCGGCCCCGCCCACCCCAGGAGCUGGUCACAUGACAGUGACAUAGGGAAGGUCCUGUAGCAGAGUUGUAGAGGGAGGAGUGCAGUCUGCAGAAGGGGAAAUCUCUGAAAAAAUGCUAAGAGGCUCUUUCAAAAGUGGGCCUCAUUCGGAGCCUGAAUUCAAAGCAUUAGUUGUGAUAGAACUCGCCAAGAAUGCCAAGCCAGAAGCAAGAGAAUGGCUUGUAUCAAAAAUCUCAGCCCACAAGAGGGAUGGAGGUGCACAGCUUUUGAUAAAACCAGAGGUAAUCUCAGAAGAGAAUGAGUACAUCUAUGUCGUAGGAUCAUCUACAAAGCGGCUUCUCCUUGGAGCAGAGGCAGCAGGUUUUGUGAAGGAGAGCUUGGAUGGCACUAUGAGACCUUUUUUGUACACCAACCGGAUGGACUUCAAAAAUUUUGACAAUGAAGGAGAAGAUUUUUUAACAAUGGGUGAAUGUCAGUACAUCAUUAAACAUGAGCUGGAUAAUCUUAGAGCGCAAGAUGAGACUUCAAUUCCAGGUUACUCACAGGCCAAGCUUUAUCCCGGGAAAUCGAUAGUUCGAAGAAUGCAGACCAGUGGUAUUCUGCUCCAGAUAUUUCCAUUACAUGACAGAGAAAAAUUAAAAUUGUUGGCUAAAAAUUGGUAUGGUCGGCCCACUAUUUCUCAGCAGCCUAUAGAUGAAAUACGGCAUUAUUUUGGAGAUACUAUUGGUUUAUACUUUGCCUUCCUAGAAUACUUUACUUGGGCCUUAUUACCAAUGGCUAGUGUUGGACUUCUUUAUUAUGCAUUUACAUGGGAGAACUAUGACAACUAUGUGAUAUUUGCUAUGUUCAAUCUGAUAUGGGCGACUGUUCUCCUGGAGGUCUGGAAGCGUUACAGUUCAACACUGGCCUACCGAUGGGGUUCACUACUUAUGAAGAGGCAGUUUGAGGAACCCAGGCCUGGCUUUCAUGGUGUAUUGGGUACCAAUCCCGUCACAGGAAAAAGGGAGCCAACUUACUCAAGUUUGAAAAGAAGCCUAAGAACAUAUCUAAUUUCUGUGCCUUUUGUGUGCCUCAGCUUGUAUAUGGCCCUUCAUGUGAUGAUGAUAUACUUUGAUAUGGAAGCCUGGGCCUUAAACUACAACCGCGAACAUCAGACUUUUUCUAGCACAGUAUUGACAUACGUGCCCAGUACCAUUUAUGCCAUUGUGAUUGAGAGCAUGAAUCGUAUUUACAGAUACGCAGCAGAAUUCCUGACAAGUUAUGAAAAUCAUAGAUUAGAGUCAACAUAUCAAAACCAUUUGGUGCUUAAGGUGUUGGUGUUCUAUAGUGUUAACUGCUUCUCAUCGCUCUUCUACAUUGCCUUUGUUAUGUACGAUUUGGCGCUGUUAAAACAGAGUCUGGUCUGCUUGCUGCUGGUCUCUCAGUUCUUUAAUCAGAUUUUUGAGACAUUUCUUCCAUACUGGAUGCAGAAGAGAACUAACAGACAAUUGGCCGAAAAAGCAAAAUCACUGAAUUCAGCCUCUAAGUACACUUUAUUGGAGCAAAUUUACCUAGAAAAAGAUAUGUACACUUAUUUGGGAACAUUUGAUGACUAUUUGGAAUUAUUCUUGCUGUAUGGUUACGUCAGCCUCUUCUCAUGUGUGUUUCCUGCAGCCGCCAUAUUAGUUGUCCUGAACAAUGUUUCUGAAGUGUACACAGAUGCAUUAAAAAUAUGCCGUGUCUUUAAGCGUCCAUUUUCAGAUCCUUCUUCCAGCAUUGGAGUAUGGAUGCUGGCGUUUGAAACUAUGGGUAUUAUCGCAGUAGUCACCAACUGUGCUCUUCUUGGUAUGUCUCCACAAGUCCAAGCGAUGCUUCAAGACUGGCACCUGGAACCCUUUCUGACAGUCGUUGUUUUAGAGCAUGCACUAUUAGCUCUGAAGUGUAUCUUGGCAUUUGUGAUUCCCGACCAGCCAUACGACAUCCGGAUAAAGUUAGCCAGGCUGGAAUUUGAGUCCUUGGAAGCUCUUAAAGAGAAACAGCAAGUAAAGCUGUCUUACGAAUCACUCGGUGAAAGUCCCUCGGAGAAAGACAACCUGUUUAUUGAUGAAAACUAGAGACGCAAGAAGAUAAAAUAAACUAUUUAACUGUGCAAUGCAAUACCUGUCCACUGCUGCCUACACCAAAGCGCCACUGGCUAUGCUGGAUGAAGCGAUUUACUGUAUCGCCUCUACAUGUACUAUCUUCUGUCUCUGUAACGUAAAUGAUUAUAUGCAUGGUGACUGUAAGAGAUGUCUGCUGUAUUUUCCUUUUGGUUAUAAUUUGGUUUGUAUAUAGACAGUGUGUAUUAGACUCUGAUUAACUGGCGGAGAAUCAGGGGAACUUUAAUCCAGUUAAAGCUGGAUUGCAGAAGUGCAAUACAGGUACUUUGUUUUAUAUGA